AUAAGAUAUUCCGCAGUUGCAGGAAAACGGAACGAAAACUACAGUAUUAUAAGAUGUAUUUGUGUAUUGUGUUGUAGCUCAAAGCAUAUUCACAAAUAUGCUAGAUAUACAGGAGAGAAAUGGGACGCCGAUCGCUAAUACAAAUAUAGCUAUUAUCACGACCUCUGCCUAUUUAGCUUCCACACAGCAGGGUUCUUGGAUAAUUGGUGCUCUGUAAAUGGGAGAAAGUUGGGAAACCGUGAAUCAUGGGUGAUAGUAAUACUAUUAGGGUCAUUUAGUAGAAAUAGGCGCCCAGUUGGCAAAGCUCACGCCUAUAGGUCGUACAGCCUUGACGGAAAACUUUACCUUUGACCGCCGUGGCAUCGCUAUUGGACCUAUGAUGGUGUGCGCGCCACCAUACAUGGCGUGCAGAAGCUGCAUUGAUAUAUCCUCUUCCUGACUUGUUUUGGGUCUCCACCAUAAUCGUAUUACUGCCCUAAUCGUCGGACUGCUUAAUGUCUGCAACGUAGUACAAAAUAGUAGCUGUAGAAUGUUAUCAGAUCACAUACACGUCCAAGGCACGUAAACUGCAAUAGGCAUACACCAAUGAAUGAGAUGCUGUCACGUGGAGUGAAAGGAACCUUGACGGAGAUGUUUGACACCUUCCCUUCAGUAGUAUCUGAGUAAUCUAACAAAAAAAUGGCAUCAUUAUUCUCGAAGAAUCGGAGGAAAAGUGCGUCAGUCGAGCUGAAUGAAGAGCCGCCAGAAUUUGAGCUUCUAUUUCUCGGAAAGUCGGCCACUGAACGCAAGAUGGGUCGCGAGUGUACAUCAGGGCUCAUCGGUGACCUCGUAGAACAAUCACGAGGAAAGGAACUCAAGGUCGUGCGGAUGUCCAUUACGAGUAGGGGUGUACGAGUAACAGAAGGUUCGGAUCCGAAGAAACAACGAGAUACCUUCAUACCGAUCUAUUCUAUCAGCUACGGCUCGGCUGACAAGCACUAUCCGCGUGUCUUCUCGCUUGUGACAAACUUCAGCAAGAAUGACCCGAACAUCACCCAGGGUCGUAAGUCGACCAUGCCAUUCUAUUGCUUUGCCUUCGUAUGCCAGACUCCCGGGAUCGCAAGGGCGAUGGUGGUAUACUUAUUGCGUUCUUUCAAGACUGCUUACGAGGGUUGGCGAAGAGGGGUCAAGAGUCAAAGGCUACGUGAUAAGAUCAAAGCAGGCCCAGGUCACAACAGUUUCAAUCCACCUCGUAGCGGAGAUGAAAAAAGCGUUGCGGACACCAUGGCAAGACUAGACGAACUCACUGGGACGAAUCAGAAUGGAAGCGAUAAAAGUUCUGACACGACACCUACCGAAGAGAAAACGGUCACCCCGCCAGAUGAGACAGCCACUCGCUCUGAUAAAGUGGUGUCAUGGAUGGACAAAUGGCUAGGUUUAGGGUCGAGUAAAACAUUCAAACGGUUACCGAGUAACGAUUCUUCAUCAUCACCAUCAGCCAGCGAGAUCACCGCCCAGGAGAAUGAAGCCUUUGCUGAACGAGAGGAAGAGCACCAGGAAUUCGUUGACCCCUCAGCCAUGUUGAAUGAAGAGAUUGAUAUUGUUUCUGAGCUACAGGAUCCCGAGGUUCAGAGUGUGUUCGAGGAGAUUGCAGAAUCGAGAGCCGCUCAGAAAGCUAAACUAUUAGAUUCACUCUAAAAUGAUAUUAUACUUAUUUUUGGUUUUAGAAUUCAAUGUCGUUCCUUUUUUGUUCUGUUUAACUUCACGAACAUUAGUUUCUGCUUAUGCUUUAGAGUUUUCCCCCGGGUUUUUCCACCACCUCCUAGAAAUGUGUCUAAUGACUUUCCACAAGCGGUCCGUAACAGGUUUUCAGUGUCAAUGCCUUUCUGAAAUAUCGAGUUCCUCAUGGGAAACAUAGUUCGUGUUAGAACCGAAAUGUAAUUUAAUGUAAAAGAAAAGUUUGCUUUACCGAUAAUUGAAAACACUCUUUGAAUUCUAUAAACUCUAUUACAGAACAGUGGCAAAUCAAAAAAAGUUAGUAAGUUAUUUUCCCAUACACUUGUACUUUUAAAAUAGCUUACACACUCAUGACACUUGCACCAAUGUAUUUGGGAAAUAAUACGGUUUAGAUCCUAGGUUUGAAAUUUUGGGGAUAAAUACAAACUAAUAUAAUGUUUUAUAGCUGCACCAAUUGCUCGAUCUUAUCUACGAAACAUGCCUCAUUUAAAUUAGAACAGUGAGUAAAGAUACAUGAUGAAGUGAAAAUUUAUUCUAAAUGCUCGUAGAAAACAUACCAAUCAACUCUUUUUGCAUUACUUUACUUAUUUUUAUUCUGUGUCAUAUACCACGGUCAUGACGGUUUCACUAAGUGUUUGAUAAGGUUUCAAAGUGUUUGUUAUUUAAGUUUAAAAUGUUGAAACUGUUAAUCUUGGAGUAAAAUAUUCUGACUGCAUCGUUUAUCGUUUCAUGACUGAAUCACACAUUCAAUCCGUCCUACCUGAUGCCUGAAUUCUUCCAUUUUCUACUUCUUAGUAACAUUCUUUCAAUACUCGCACGUUCUUCCUCAAGAUAAAAAAAAUAUUUUCAAUAUCAAUUUAUCUAGAUUAUAGAUUAUAUUUUAGUAUCAAUUUGUUAUGCGAUAGGUUAAAGAAUGAAGAUAAACGUCAGUAGAUUACUUA